GCCGUCGGUGGGGUUGCUACCUGCGCUCAGGCAUCUGCUGAGGAGGAGGCAGCAGCAGCCGGGGGGCAGCGAUGCCAGGCAGCGACACGGCGCUGGCCGUGGACCGAACCUACUCGGACCCGGAGCGGCACCGGCGCCGCAAGACGCGGGUGGAGAGACAUGACAUGAACACCCUGAGCUUACCGCUCAGCAUCCGCCGGGGCGGCUCCGACACCAACCUCAACUUCGAUGUGCCGGACGGGGUCCUGGAGUUCCACAAGGUGAAGCUCAGUGCAGACAGCCUGAAGCAGAAGAUCCUCAAGGUGACAGAGCAAAUCAAAGUGGAACAGACGGCUCGGGAUGGGAACGUGGCCGAGUACCUGAAGCUGGUGAACAGCGCGGACAAGCAGCAGGCUGGGCGCAUCAAGCAGGUCUUUGAGAAGAAGAACCAGAAGUCCGCACACUCCAUCGCCCAGCUCCAGAAGAAGCUGGAGCAGUACCACAGGAAGCUCAAGGACAUCGAGCAGAACGGAGCCUCCAGAGCCGCCAAGGAGACUUCCAAGGAUAGCUUGAAGGACCUUCCCCACGGAAAGCCGCGGGGCUCGGGGCACGGGGCGGAGGGCGGCAAGUCGGGCGUGCCGGGGGUCUCCCUCACGCCCCCCGUCUUCGUCUUCAGCAAGUCCAGAGAGUUUGCGAACCUGAUCCGGAACAAGUUCGGCAGCGCGGACAACAUCGCCCACCUCAAGAGCAGCCUGGAUGAGUUCCGGCCCGAGGCAGGCUCCAGGGCCUACGGGGGCAGCGCCACCAGCGUCGCCAAGCCCAAGUACGUCAGCGACGACGAAUGCUCGAGCGGCACCUCCGGCUCGGCGGACAGCAACGGCAACGCCUCCUUCGGCCCUGCUGUGGCCAGCGCUCUGGACAGCCAAGGAAAGCUCUCCAUGAUUUUGGAGGAGCUGAGGGAAAUCAAGGAGACCCAGUCCCAGCUAGCUGAUGACAUCGAGAGUUUGAAGAGCCAGUUUAAAAGAGACUAUGGCUUCAUUUCCCAGAUGCUGCAGGAGGAGAGAUAUAGAUAUGAAAGAUUGGAGGACCAGUUAAAUGACCUCACUGACCUUCAUCAGCACGAGACUGCAAACCUGAAGCAGGAGCUGGCCAGCAUAGAGGAGAAAGUUGCCUACCAGGCCUAUGAGCGCUCACGAGACGUGCAGGAAGCCUUGGAAUCGUGCCAGACCCGGGUUUCCAAGCUGGAGCUGCACCAGCAGGAGCAGCAGGCACAGCAGUCGGAGACGGUGAACGCCAAGGUGCUGCUGGGCAAAUGCAUCAACGUGGUGCUGGCCUUCAUGACUGUCAUCCUGGUCUGUGUGUCCACCAUGGCCAAGUUCAUUGCCCCCAUGAUGAGGAGCCGGUGCCACAUCUUCUGCACUUUCUUUGCAGUAACGCUGCUGGCAAUAUUCUGCAAGAACUGGGAUCACAUCAUCUGUGCCCUCGAGAGGAUGAUUAUACCCAGAUGAAGCUGCUGGGCUGCCUCAUGAUUUACUAGGAUUGGUCUUUUCCUCCUCCUCUUUUCUUGCCCUCCCUGUUUUUUUAAGUGCUGUGUGUCUACAAAUCAUUGUUGCUGUCACUUUAAGUGUGUGGCCUGGAUGGGGAAGGCUGCAAAGACUUGGGCUCAGAGGUGUAAAUACCCAAAGGUGCUGGCAGCCAGCUGCCUGCUCAGCCUGAUGGUGUCCAAGGGGCUGUGUCUCCUGAUCGACUCCUUGCUUGUGUCAGUCUCCUGCCUUAAUCCCACUGCACAAACCCACACCAUGAAAGAUGAUGUGAUGCUCUGGGAGGGAUCCAAGCCCCUGCAAGUGUCGGGUGUGGGCUAGCCUGCAGUGCAAAGAGUGUGAUCAGGAGGCUAUGAUGGCUGUCAGUCCUGUUACACUGAGACCUUUCUCUCUCUGAAUCCAGCUGCAAUGAUGUGCCAAAUUAGACAGUCAUGGAUGAAUAGUUCUUGAUCAUAAAUCAAUGGCUCUCUGAAUCAGGGGGUUCUAGUUUCCAGGACCAGCAAAACUUGGUCCUUGUGCUAGUAACCCUUUGCACAGAGUCUAUUGCUUGUAACUUAGAGCAGGGAGGACUAUGGACUAGUUCACAUUUGGGAAGCACAGGGAUGUGGUGUAAGACUUCCACAUCUAAGCUGAAUUGACUGACAAAGGUCUCCAGGCCACUUUGUAGAGGAGUCAAGGAGCAAGUAAGCAGUGGGUAAGUUGUGAUGCAGACCAAAGCACUCGCUGGCUUCAAGCCCUGCAACCUGGGACACUCUGGUGAGCCUUUGCCAGCACUGAAUUGUUGGGGUGCUCUAACUGGCUGCAAAAGAGCUCUGGUGGGACUCUGGGUGCAGUGGAGUUUGUUCUUGUGUCAGAUUAAGGACUGUGGAAGAAGCACAAGGGGGCAGAUUUGGAGGGGAGCAGGGAGUUAAAGUUCUGCAAAUAGGCAAACACUGUGCAGCCUCCUGUGAGAAACAGUCCUGGAAGUCCCCUCUGAGCUUACAGCCCCACUGCUGGGGCACAGCCUUGCUUUCCUUUCCUUCCUGCAAGUUCUUUUGCUUGAUCUAGGAACUGUUGAAGAAAAGUUCCCUGCCACCUGCUUGGCUUCCAGCCAUGGUGUAAAACAAGAUCUAGAAUAGUAACAACUGAAGAGCCCCUCCAACCAGCACAAAAUGAACCCACCCCACCCAGGCCUCCCC